AUGGCGUCCCCGCAACCCUUUGCCAACAAGGUCAUCGCCAUCACCGGCGCCGGCAGUGGAAUCGGCCGCGCCACCGCUCUCUACCUAGGCCAACGGGGUGCCUCCCUCGCUAUCUCAGAUGUUAACAAGGCCUCCGUGGACGCCGUCGCUGCCGCAAUCCACGCUGAAGUCCCUGGCGCCAAGGUCGUCGCCUCGGCUGUGGACGUGAGCAAGGCCGAUCAGGUUAAGUCGUGGAUUGAGAAAACUGCUGCCGAGUUCGGUAAAUUGGACGGCGCUGCCAAUAUUGCUGGCACGGGUGGCAGUGAAGAGCCUGUUCCCCUGGACGCCCAGACUGAUGACGGCUGGAACUUUGUCCUCAAUAUCAACCUCGCGGGCACAAUGUACUGCCUUCGCGAGGAGCUUCGGGUGCUCUCUGAAGGCGGAUCAAUCGUGAACACCUCGAGCGUGCUGGGCCUGCGCAGUUCGCCUACUCCAGGAGGCAGCCCGUAUGUUACCAGCAAGCACGGCGUUCUCGGAUUGACCAGGACCGUCGCGAGAGAGUAUGGCCACAAGAACAUCCGUGUCAACUGCGUCAACCCAGGUGCGAUUGCGACCCCCAUGAUGGGUUCAUACGACGGUCAACAGAAUCCCUUGCCCGAGUACAUUCAGCCCCCUAUCGCUAGAUGGGGAGCUCCCCAGGAAGUCGCGCAGUUGAUUGGGUUCCUGCUGGGAGACGAGUCUCGCUAUAUUAGCGGGACUUCGGUUGUCAUUGAUGGAGGAUUGCUUUGUUAG